AUGUGCAGCGUCCACUACAACCACUCCCUGUCUGCCAUGAGCGGGAAUGACAUGAUGGCGCACUCACUGACUCUGGAGCAGAAGACGGCGUUUGCCUUCGUGGGCAUGCUGCUGGUCUUCCUGGGACUGCUGAUCGUGAGGUGCUUCAGGAUCCUGCUUGACCCCUACAGCAGCAUGCCGUCCUCCAACUGGGCCGACGGCAUCGAGGGGCUGGAGAAGGGGACGUUUGAGUACGCCCUUACCUAA